GGGACGUAACCUGCGUACAAAUUAACAGCACGACCAAACUCAAGCAGCGCGAGUUUCUUUACCCUCGCCUCCCUCUCGCGCUGCACUGGUCUGGCUCUUGUGCCGCGCGCCGACGCAGCUGGACACUGCAGGAGGCGACACUGCACGGCCGGAUCCACAUCACGGAGCCUCUGCAUAACCACCGGAGCUGCCAGCGUGCUGUCCGCGCAGCCAGCCCUUUUGAGCCGAAGGUUUCUUUCUGCCAUGCCUGUGCAGGACCAGAAGCUUCCAAACUACGGAGCAGACUUUGCUUGGCGUGGCCGCACAAUGACUUUCUUCACCAUCUAACGCCAGACUAUCUCCAAACAAGAGAACUGCACGGACACGAGGAUCAGCCCGUCAUUAAGCACCAUAAAAGGCACUUUACUGGUCAGCACCGCUCUUCUACUUGUGAAAAUGACGGCGUAAAUGAACGCAAAGGGCAUCGAUUGCGAGACGAAUGGCUGUGGGAACAACUGUUUUACUUUGAUGAGAGCGGCACACGGAGACCGCCAACCCCGAUACCUGCCAAUAAUAGGGCAGUUAUGAAACAGGUGUUGCGGAGAAGGGCUUUAACUGAGGUUUUCAAACUGCCAAAGGAUGCAAGAAGCGAGUCGACAGCACUGCUCCACGGCCAGCUAAUGAUACGCGUUUGAGGAGAACAGAGAGCGGGAUAAACUGUGAAACUGGCACAACAAGCCCCGGAGGCUACACUUGGGGGUACCACCUGAUAAAUCAACAGAUGCUUCAGUCAUGUGGCUGCAUGGUGCCCACACCCCAGGUGUGCGUAUCAACCCUGGUGACGGUGAGCACAAUGGCUGUGGUGGACCUCUACCUGCUGGAGCAGAGCAUGCUGGGAGCUCGCGGUGUUUCGGGACCUAGUGUGUGGCAGUGUGUGGCCGUGUUGCUAGGUGACGUGGGCUUCCUCCUUGCACUGCGCUUUGUGUCAGCCGGUGUGGUCUCAGAGGCUCGGUCUCCACGCCGUGGUUUUGCCAACGCCCUAUGGUUCAUGUUCCUGUCUCUGCUUCAACUUAAGCUCUUCUUUGUUUGCCACAACUACCGGCAGGAGCGGCGCCCGCCCGAUCCGUUGGCCCGAAAGACACUGACCCUACUGCUGUCCAUCUGUCUGCCCUCCCUGUUCCUCAUACUGACUGGGGCUGACCACAUGAGCCCCCAGCGAAGGAAGCAGGAGGUGCGUGGUCGGCUGCUGUGGGUGGUGGUGGACCUGCUGGAUGUCCUGGAUCUUCAGGCAGGAUUGUGGGAGUCUCAAGGGGGAACAGUGCUCCCUGGGGACCAGAAGCUACCCAUAUGGGCCGAAGGCCUGGUGUUUUUUUACUGCUAUGCACUGCUGCUGCUGCUGCCAUGUGUGGCUCUCACAGAGCUAGGGGCCACUGGACUGCCAGGGCAGAGAGGGCCCCGAAAGGAGGCUCUGUAUCCUUGGCUCAGUUUGGUCACCAUCAACCUCUUCACUCUGGCCUUGAGGGGCACAGGCAUGCUGUGGUACCGGGACCCUCGGAUCUCCACUGUGUUCCUGGGGAAGAACCUGCUGGCUCUGGCAGUGAAGCUGAACUCGGCAUGGGAGAGGCACAGACAGGACCGACGCGCUGGAGGCACGACAGUGGAAGCAGGAGACUCCAGUGGGCCGAGCCAGAGCUCAGAGCCCAGAGAGGCCCAGGCUAAAGAGUUACCAUCUCAUUACCACUCUCUGACGCGCUCUCAGAGCCACACACUGUCUCAUGUGAGCCUCCAGCCCUCAGAGACGGCCUUAGGACCUUCUUUCAUUUCUCAUGAACUAUAGAGAGUGCACAGCACACAGACGCCUGUAUCUAUUUCAAACAGAUAUCUGCACUAAGCCUCGGUCCCUCACUCAUGCGUUUAAAGCUGUGCUCAACGUGGAUUUCUGAAGCAAUUCAAAUUGCAUCGGUGUGAUUUUUGUGUGUCAUUAUUUAAAUUGAACAUUGGGAACUGAAGUAUGUGCGAAAAGAACAUUGUCUGCUAAAGUCUCAUAAUAAUAAUUUUUUCACUGACCCAAGUGCCCGAAUAACUUUGGGCAGUACAUUCUUAAUAUCAGUUCAGAUUUACACCCACUCAGUGCACUCCCCCCGAGUUAUCCAUGUUAAUCUGAAUCAAUUUCAUGCUGUUAAUGUUGCCAGUUGGGGUUUUUUUUUUAUCUAAAGAAAAAAGCUAAAUUACAAUUCUGAUCAGGGGAAUCAAAACUAGAUUUAAAAAAAAAGCUGAAAAACUGUAAAAGAUAACCAUUGGAAAUGUACUGAUCUAUAGCUGAAGUGUCCUCAGCUGGAAAAGGAUGCAGCCAAAUAAUAAUAAACAAGGGAAUAUAACCCAUCGCCUUUGACAGUCAUGUGACUUGCUAAUUGAGUAAAGUUGAGUUCUAUCCUAACAGUGAGUAUAUGUGAGAGCCUUUAUGUGGCUCUUUAUGUGGCUCUUUAUGUGGCUCUUUAUGUGGCUCUUCAUGUCAUUCAUAGACUGUCCAUUACAUCUGUUUGUGCAGCUCAACAACUGGAAACGUUCACAUUUUCCUCCAGAGGUGUCGAUACGCUACAAACCACAGUUAAAAUCAAGUAAAAGUAACACUUAUUUGGCUGCUUCAAAUAAUUUUGUAAACCACUGUAUUAGACAAUAGCAGUCUCCAAAUGAGAGCUGGGAGACCCUGAGGAACAGCAAAGCACUCAGCUGGUGUUGCAAGAUUAUAUCACGGUAAUCAAAUAAUAACACUGUAUUAAUAAAUGUGUUUUAACUGACAAUGGAAUUACGGUAUGUUAUAGGAAUGAAGCAAAAUGACACAUUUGCAUUUUGCAAUGGUUGUUUUUGGGGUCCAAGACAUACACCCUGUACCAGCAGGAGUCUACCCACUCUGCAUCUGAAAACAUCUACUGUGGAGCUAUAGGGUGCAGCGCGCUUGGAGACACGUUUUUAUGUUGGGCACAAAAUGGUAAUCAGAAAAACACUGACUUUGCCUUUGGUGAAAGUCUGCUUCUGGUAUGAUUUAAGAUGGACUAUAGCAGUCUAGUAUUUUAAUGUUUAAAACCACUUUCACACAUAUGUCAGAGCAACAAAUUUCUAUAAACCAUUUCAUUAACCAAGCAAAAUUUUAACAUCAAUCCCCAAACAUGUUUAAAAUGUUGUUGUGACAAAGAUCAGUUUUACUACACUUUUUUGAAAGAAAACUAUGUAAGUAAUCCCUUUACUCCUGAAAUAUUGAUGUUAUAUUUGCACUUUUACUGUCUGUGUGCAGUUUGAUAAAGAAAAUGAAAAAUUACAACUUG